AUGGAUAAGAGGAGGUUGGUGAAGAAUUCUAUUCUUGAUUGGGGUGCAGACAUUAUAUGUUUGCAGGAAACAAAGCUUGAGGGGGAUAUAGAAGAUGUUGUUAAUUAUAUUUGGGGAGGAAGAUGGGCAAGUUAUGCAUGUCUAGAAGCCAGUGGAACUAGAGGUGGAAUCAUGAUGAUAUGGGAUAGAAGGGUAUGGAAAGGGGAGAUUUUUCAGAUUGGGUCAUAUACUUUGACUUGCAGAUUUGAAAGCCAGUUACAGAACUUUGAAUGCCAUAUUACAGGGGUGUAUGCUCCAAAUUGUGACAUUGAAAGAGAAGGGGUUUGGUGGGAAAUAAGUGCUGUCAGGGGUCUGAUGGAAGGCCCAUGGGCAAUUUGUGGGGAUUUCAAUAUUGUUAGAUUCCCGACAGAGAAAAGAAAUUGUAGGAGAAGAGGGGACAAUCACACUAGUGCUUCAAGAAUUGACAGAAUCCUGAUCUCUGAAGAGUGGGAUGACAGUUUUAGCAAUAUUAAACAAUCUCUCCUUCAGAGAGUGACAUCUGAUCAUGUCCCUAUUGUUCUGCAAUGUGGAGAUUGGGACCAACCAAAGUCAUAUUUCAAAUUUGACAAUUGGUGGUUGAAAACUGAUGGCUUUGUUGAUAGAAUUAAGAGCUGGUGGACAACAUUUGACUUCGAAGGGAAACCUGAUUAUAUUCUAGCUUGUAAAUUGAAGGCUUUGAAAGGUAAACUAAGAGAGUGGAGCAAAAGCAGCCAAGGCAGCCUGAAAGUACAAAAAUCAGACCUGCUUAAUCAAUUGGCAGUACUGGACAGUGUACUAGAAGAAAGAAUUCUAACUGAAGGGGAAAUGGUGGAGAAGGCAUCACUAUUGCUGAAGUAUGAAGAUCUUCUGAAAAAUGAAGAAGUGGCCUGGAGGCAAAGGUCCAGGGCCAUCUGGCUCAAAGAAGGAGACAAGAAUACAAAGUUCUUUCAUAAGACUGCCAAUGCUCACAAAAGGUGCAACAACAUUGAUCACUUAAUGAUCCAGGAAGAAUUAAUCACAGAACCACAGAGAAUCAAGAAUGAGAUAGUAGAUUUCUACAAAACACUCUACACUGAGACUGAAGAAUGGAGACCUGCAAGCAAUUUUGGGAAUUGUCCAACAAUAACUGAGCAAGAUAAGAAUUUGCUACAAAGCAGAUUCGAUGAACAAGAAGUUUUGGGGUGUUUGAAAUGUGUGUGCUACGGACAAGGCUCCAGGACCUGA